CUCUUGAUUCUCUUGUUUAUUUUUUGUUUCUUCACCCUAGGAGGGAAGGUCUCUACUCGCCUCACUUGUUUUUUUCAUGGCUUCCCAUUCUCAAGCAAUCCUUCUCCUCCAGAAACAGCUAAAAGAUCUCUGUAAAAACCCCGUCGAUGGGUUCUCGGCCGGGUUGGUUGACGAGAACAACUUGUUCGAAUGGAGUGUUACCAUUAUUGGGCCGCCAGAUACAUUAUAUGAAGGGGGAUUCUUCAAUGCUAUUAUGUCUUUCCCCACCAAUUACCCUAACAGCCCUCCAACAGUGAGGUUUAAAUCAGAAGUAUGGCAUCCCAAUGUAUAUUCUGAUGGAAAGGUCUGCAUUUCGAUUCUUCAUCCCCCUGGCGAUGAUCCAAAUGGAUAUGAGCUUGCCAGUGAGCGAUGGUCACCUGUUCACACGGUGGAGAGCAUAGUUUUGAGCAUCAUAUCAAUGCUUUCAAGUCCAAACGAUGAAUCCCCUGCAAAUGUUGAAGCGGCGAAGGAAUGGAGGGAAAGAAGGGAAGAGUUUAGGAAGAAAGUGAGUCGUUGUGUGCGAAAAUCGCAAGAGAUGUUGUGAGUUUGAAAUAUCGAUAUUUGUCGCAAGAGAUUAUUAUUCCUCCUCUUUUAAUGUCAUUAUUUUAUGCUAUUGAUGAACUUUUUACCAUUCAUACUCUCAUUCCCUCUAAUCAUUUUUGUUCUCAAUUGAUUAUUUCUGUUAGAACACA